AUGGAUUACAACGGGAAAAAGAACACGAAUUCAACUCCAGCACCAGGACGAAAUGCCAAACUGGACAGUUACAUUGAAAGUUUCCGUCUAAGAACAGUAUCCUUGCCAACCAAGCAAAACCAAAAGAAAAUGUUUCAGAAUUUCUCAGUACAGGAACAAAUGGCUAUAAAUGACUUGAACAAUAAUCAUGCUAUCACCAUCAAACCAGCUGACAAGGGAGGAGCAGUAGUGAUAAUGAACACCCAGGACUACAUAAAAGAGGGGGACAAGCAAUUGUCAGAUGACAAAUACUAUAAAAAACUAAAUGAAGACCCGACCAAGGAAUAUAUAUUACAACUUAGGGAGCUCAUUAAAUCCUUCUCUGAGCAUCUAGAACUGCAAUCACUCAUACCAACUAGUCCCUACAUGGGCACUUUCUAUAUGCUUCCCAAAAUCCACAAAGCAGGUGAUCCUGGAAGACCCAUAAUUACAGGAAUGGGAACUCUCACAGAACAGAUCUCAGGACUGGUAGAAAAUACCCUAAAACCUCUAGUCACCAAUUCCAACAGCUUCAUAAAAGACACAACCGACUUCCUCAGCCAAAUCACCACUCUCCCUGCUAACACCAUCCUUGUAACCAUGGAUGUGGAAUCUCUGUACAGCAACAUUCCACAUACAGAUGGCAUCAAUGCUGGCUGCCAUUUCCUCUCUUAUGUCGACAACCAAAAAUACAGCCCCUGA